AGUAUACCACCCCACUCACAUUCCUCUCAAAAACAUUCCCUUUUCCUACACAACCUUUCAACUCUCAUCAUCUCUCUCUCUCUCAACUUUUUUUGAGUAUCAUCUUCACCAUCCUUUGAUCAUCAUCAUCAAUCCAUGGACACAACUCAAUGGCCUCAGGAGAUUACGGUGAAGCCACUAGCCACAAACACAACUGAAAAGAAACCAAGGCCAGAAAAACAAGCUAUUAACUGUCCAAGGUGCAAUUCACUCAACACAAAAUUCUGUUACUACAACAACUACAGCUUAACUCAACCAAGAUACUACUGCAAAACAUGUAGAAGGUACUGGACUCAAGGUGGAACCAUUCGAAACAUUCCUGUUGGGGGUGGAACAAGAAAAAACAACAAAGUCAUGAGAACUUCCUCUAAUCUUGUUCCAAACGAAACAAAAAACCUAGUACCUAGUAUUCUUGUUCCAAAUGAAACAAAAAACCUAGUACCUAGUAUUCUUGUUCCUAGUUCUCAAAAUCCAAACCAUCAUGGAAAAGGACAAGAUCUGAAUUUGGAUUUCAGUACUGCUGCUUCUUGUCACAAUUUUCCAGCAAUGGAGGUUCUUACUGGGAUAAAUUCUUCAAGCUCAAGGGGGUUUCAUUCUUUUAUGCCUGUUCAACUUCAAGGCACUAAUGUUGGGUUUCCUUUGCAAGAUUUUAAGCAAGUGCCAAUGAAUUUCUGUUUGGAUGGGAUUGGUGGAAAUGGUUAUGCAAAUGAAGGAAGGGUUUGUAGCAAUGAUAACCCAAUAUUGGGUUUGGAUCAGAAUAGUAUUAAGGGAGAUCAACAAGGUUAUACAAGUGGAUUUUGGAAUGGAAUGUUGGGAGGUGGAGGAUAUAAUGGUAAUUAACUAAACAAAAGUCAUCGAGAUGUUUCUUAGUAUUAUUGCUAACUUGAUUUCUUCUCUAAAUUUCUAGUACUAGCUAGCUGUUGUUGAAUUAUCUAGAUGAAUUAAGGAUGAAAAAAAAAAAUUGAUCUUCAAUUUUAGUGUACGUUUAUGACAAUUAGAGAUUAGUUUUAUGUCUUGUUUAUCAUUGUUAAUUAUUUCAACUAUUUUUAGUGGUG